AUUGUGCUAAGCAACUAAUCAAAAGAAACUCAAGACAACAUCGAACAAACAUUACUUGCUUUUUGAAACACAAAAACGACUCCUAUUAAGCAAGCUUUUUAAUUUGUCAAAACUAUUUUCAUUUUGACAUCAAAAUCUUGGCGAUUGGGACAAUAACGCAGCUAUUUAGGUACUAAUCGGGACGCGUAGGGGUGUAAUCAAAGAUAAUUUAAGGUGUAACUAGUAAAAAUGUUAGGUAUUGUUUGUAUGUAACUGGGCUCUCUUCCUUCCGGCUCCGCUAUUUCUCUCUCCUCCUUCUUUCAUUUCAUCUUUCUCAAAUUAACAAAAAAAAAAAAAAAAACCUCACUCAUUUUCUUGAUUUUGAAUUUUCGUUUUGAUUUUGCUUCCGUAUAACGAGUAACCCAGUUACAUACAAUUAACCCGAAAGGUCUUGUUGGUUUCUCCUGAAACUGGUUUACUCUGUUCUUUUGAUAUCACUCUCAUGUCGAUAUCCUUAGAGAGCGAAACAGCUUCGUUUCUUGGUUCUGAAGCUCACACUAAUCUUCAAAGAAUACUCCGAUCAUGCCCUAAAUUGGAUGAAGUUGGAGACUCCCACGAGUAUGAAAACACGUUCUCAGAGCUUGUCAAUUUCCUUGAUUCUUUAUUGGAUGCUGCUUUUUCUGAUCCGUACAAUGAACAUAAGGAGAACGAUGCAUUUGAAGCUCUGUCAGAGAUUCAUCGAUACAUUUGUUCCCCGUCUCUUGACCAGGAAGUUGUUGAUGCUCUUUCCUUUGAAGUGCCAAAGGCUGUUUCAAAGUUUGCUGGUAUUUCAAGCAAAUUUUCGGACAUGGCAAUUAGCAUCAUUGAUCAGUUCAUAGCAAAAUGUGGUCCAAGGGAUAUGCUUUCAAUUCUCUGUGAUACAUUAGGUUACUCAAGUAAGGUGACUAAUGCUGCGAGUUACAUUGUUCCUCCUUUAUCAGGGAUCUCAAAGGUCCUUAUAUCCAUCCGGAGGCGUCAGUUUCAGCAAGUAAAAGAAACCAUUCCUAUAAUUCUUAAUGUAUUGAAGGCUGUAUCUUUGAAGUCAGACGAAGAACUCGAUAAUGUCUUUGACCGAGCUGUUGAGAUUGCAAAUUCUAUAUAUGAAGUUUGCGAUAAGUUGGUGGAUGAGGAUGCUGCAAGGGAGAAGUUCCGAUCUCUGCUUGGUCUAUAUGUCCUGCAGUGCUUGGCUCUUGUUUCAGCUGGUGUAAGCUAUACAGCUUCAAGUUGUCAUUCGCUAGUACUACAACUGUCACGAAUUUCAUCAUAUUGUGGUUUAUCUUAUCUCAGUCUAGUUACAACUUAUGAUGUCGAGGUUGUGGCUAGCGCCGUUUUUGGAGAAAAUAAAGAUGAUUAUAUGGACUGUUUAUCUCAUAUCAAGCAUGGUUGCGCUCUUUCAGUGAUUUGGGGGCAUGUCUCAGAGGAAGUUGCCCAUGCUGCUAAAGAAGAUAUGACUGUGGUCAAGGAUGAGCUUCGUAAUAACCAGAUCAAAAGGUGGCAAGCAAUAGGAACAUUAAAACAUGUUCUUUCCUUUGUAAGUCUGCCGUGGGAGUUAAAGAAACAUACUAUCAACUUCUUACUUUGCAUCACAGAUGGCGAUAUCCGUGGAAACUGCGAUGAUGAACAGUCCCAGUGGUCGUCUUAUAUGCCAAAUCUUUUUUCUGCUCUACAGGCUGUUAAAAUGGUCAUCAUGUAUACUCCAGACCCAGAACAUAGAAAAAACUCAUUUGCUGUGUUAAAAGGAGUACUUGCUGAUAUUCCAAUUUCUCAAAGGCUUGACAUCUUGAUAGCAUUGAUUACAAAUACCGACUCUUCCUCCAUGAUUGCCAUUUUGGUUGAUCUUGUUCGGAGGGAAAUGCACACAGAAAUCUCCAGUAGUACGUCAGUAGUAAAAGAUGUCCAACAUAUUGAUAUAUCAUUCUGGACUCCCAGUGUUCUUGAGUUGGUGGAGUCAAUUCUAAGACCUCCACAGGGAGGACCUCCUUCCCUACCAGAGCAGAGUGAUGCGGUGCUGUCAGCUCUCAACCUAUACAGAUUUGUAAUAAUGACAGAAUCUACAGGAAAGACAAACUACACUGGAGUCUUGUCGAGGAGCAGUUUAAACAAGGUCUACAAUGAAUGGCUGCUUCCUUUGCGUACGCUAGUGACAGGUAUAAUGGUAGAGAACAAGAGUGAUUAUGAUGAGCUUGCAAUUGACACUCUAUGCACCCUUAAUCCACUCGAGUUGGUGUUGUAUCGGUGCAUUGAGCUUGUAGAAGAGAAGCUAAAGCAAGUCACAUAACCUGUCUUCUUGGCCAAAGUAUCUUUAUAAUAUUUUUUGGUACGUGUCAGUUUUGAAAUAUGAAAUUAUUAAUUAUCUCAAGUAUAGACAUUAAGUUUCAAUAGUAACUCUCCUUGCAGAUACAGUAAAAUUGAGCACAUUCAUUUUGAGUUGUGCUUUGAAUUUGUUUUUUAGGGGCAGUCUUUUGUGUAAAGUAGCAAAUAGCAAAAGACACCGAUUCAUCGAUACCUUCCUUUUUUACUUGAAAAUCGAUAAAAGUACCUGAAAAGGCUAUUGAGUGUGGAUUAGUAAUGAAGAGUUGCUUAGUUUAAGGAGAUCAUACAAUUUGAUGCUGUUAUUCUUCAAGGUGUCACUAUUGCCUAUCCCAAUCAAGUUUACAAGUUCACCAGAAGCUUGUAUGGUCUUUAGCAAGCCAGCAUGCCACAGUUUGCUAAGCUUUUCACUUCCUUGUUGUCCCGAAAUGUUGUCCCAAGGACGUAGAGUCGUAACUUCCAUAGUUUGUGAAUUGGAAUGGUUCACGUACUCACUUAUCUAUAGUGAAUUUAUCCAACAUGCAGGGGUAUUGGGGACCAUACAUGAUGUGCAUGUGUCUCGUUGGUUUUUUUUGUGUCAAAUAUCAAUCUGCAUCUGAUAGUAACCUGCUUAGUUUCAGAGCGACAGACAUGUACAUGAUUUUAAUGUAUGAUGUAUUUAUUUAGUUAUAAGUCA